UCAUGUUGAAGAUCAGUGUGUUGGGGUUGUGAGAGGCACAGACACAAGCACCAUGAGGCUGAGCUGUGUCCUCAUGGCAUGGGUUCCUUAUGUUUGUCCUGCUGUGCUCCUGGCAACCCAGGUGUUAUUGGCUGCCAGUUCAGAGACUCUGAAGUGUGAAGGACCUGUCAGCACUGAGCAGAGCAGCUGCCACACUGAUGAGGAGGAAGAUGCGGUCCACUCCAGUGAUGACUUCCAGGUCAAGGGCUACAAGUUCAGUAAACCAUUCCAUCUCAUCGUUUCCUAUGACUGGCUGAUCCUCCAAGGUCCAGAUACAUCCAUAUUUGAAGGAGACCCAUUGGUUCUGCACUGCCGUGCCUGGCAAGACUGGCCACUGACUCAGGUCAUCUUCUACCGAGAGGGCUCAGCACUGGCUCCUCCCAGACCUAAAACAGAAUUCUCUAUCGAUGUGGUGCAAAAGUCUGACAGUGGAAACUACCACUGUAGUGGCAUCUUCAGGAGCCCUGGUCCUGGGAGCAGAGAGACUUCAUCCCCUGUGGCUAUCACAGUCCAAGAAUUGUUUCCAGCCCCAGUUCUUAAAGCCUUACCCUCUAGUGAGCCCCAAGAGGGAGGCUCAGUGACCCUGAGCUGUCAGACAAAACUGUCCCUGCAGAGGUCAGCUUCCCGCCUCCUCUUCUCCUUCUACAAGGAUGGAAGGUCACUGAGUAUCAGAGGCAUCUCUGCAGAACUCCAUAUCCCCAAGGCUUCAAAAGAAGAGCACUCUGGCUCCUACUGGUGUGAGGCAGCCACUGAGGACGGGCAAAUUUGGAAGCAGAGCCCUCAGCUGGAGAUCCAGGUUCAGGCUCUUCAGAAGACAACUGCUUCAGAAGCUCCUUCCGUGGAACCCGCUGGUCCUCUGCCUCCACCACCUGCUCCUUCUGCUGAGCACCUGGGAUUCUCCUCCUCAGACCCUCACCACCAGCUACGCCUUCUUCUCAAACAAAUGGAAGAUGUUAAAGUUCUCCUUGGCCAUCUGGUUGUGGAGCUGAGGGACUUGACUGUCUACCUGAAGUCUGGUAUCACAAAGGUUGCUGAUAAAUGAAGGCAAGCUAUUCUUCUGUGAUAUGCUCAACCAUCACAGUAAUCACAGCUGUUUCUGUACUGCAUGUAUGCAGGCAUAGUUUUGCAAGCUGUCUUGGUGCUUUGUUAGAAUAAUGCAGCUGGUUGGGUGUAAAUAAACAUGUGCCAC